AUAUGACUGACGGACCGGAUAUGGACUCCACCGACCUCUGUGUUUGUCCACUGUUCGCAGUUUAGGUGUUUUUGUGAGCCAGGGAGCUCUCUAGGACAUCUUUUAGACAUCUUUCUGUGUUCAUAGAUGUUGUUGGAAUAAGAAGAUGACUUCCAGAGGGACGCCGAGUCGCUUCCUGAAAAGUGUUCUUCAAAACGGCGUUGGACGUUACGUUUGUCAGCUCAAGCGCGUCUGCAUCCUUUUCUCCAAGAAGGGCCAAAGUUCCUUAGGUGUCAGGGACUUCAUUGAAGAUGGCGUGGUGGAUUAUGCCAAGAAGAACCCUGGCACGGUGGUCUACGUGUCGCCUCAGCCAUGUUUGAAACCCAGGAUCAUAGCAGAAUAUUUAAACGGCAGUGUGAGGACAGAGAUUGUGUCGACUAAAACGUCCUCCCAGAUCUCAGAGCUCCUGACCAAGUUGACCAACCAGUCGGGUCUGGACGUGAUCCGCCUCCGCAAGCCCUUCCACACGGACACACCCAGCAUCCAGGGCCUGUGGCACCCCUUCACCAACCGUUUCACCACCGCGCCGCCCAGCGUGACAACAAAGGAAGUGAAAUAAAGGAAAUGUUCUUGCUA